GCUCGUCAGGGUGGCGGGCCGCAAACGACAAGUUUUCAAAAACGAAAAAGAAGUGUUUUGCGCGUGAAGACAAAAACGACGUUUGUUUUAGGCCAAUUAUUGCCAAAACGCACCCACGCACCCGCCGUGAACCCAAACCGCGUUUCACGUUCCACUCUCUCUCUCUCUCUCUCUCUCACGCACAUUUUGUUCUUCUGCUUUGCUUUCAGCUGCUCUACUAUGGACGAUUCAACCGUACUCAGCCCACUCCCGGCGAUCCCACUGCCCUCGUCGGGGAAGCUCUGCCGCAGAAACUCUAUCUGCACAUCCGUGGUGGUCCCCGCCAAGCUCAGCCUGCUCUCCGCCACCACCACUCCUACCUCAACUACCAAGCUCCGGCGCCUCCGCAACCCCAGCCUCCCAGCCCAAAACGGCGGCGUGUCGGGCCCAGAGCCACUCCAACUGGACCUGGAGCUCCUCUCCUUCAAGAGCUCCAAAUCCUACACUUCUCUCAAAGACCUGCUCCCCUCCUCCGCCGCCGUGAAUUCCCCCACCGCUGCCUCCGCCAACAACUCCGGCUACGAAAUCUCCAUUCGCAACCGCCUCGUUAAGCAGGCCGCCUGGGCCUACCUCCAGCCCAUGUCCUCCACCUCCGGCCCAUCUGGCCCAAACUUCCUCCGCCGCCUCUGCCUCAAGCUCUCCCCCUGCCUCUCUUUCUUCACCCACUGCAUCGUCCCCUUCCUCUCCCAAGCCCUCCGCCGCACACUCCGCUGCAUCGGACUCGCCACCUAACACAUUCUGCAACUUUUUGUCAUCUGUAUAUAUUAUAAAUUUUUUACUCAAAAGGAAACAAAAUUGAAUGAAAGAAUUUGAAUUUAUAUACGAAUUCAGAGUUCGAUCAUUCAAUCAAUCGAUUGCUGUUUCUGGGAUUUGUACAAUUUCUGUUUCUCCUUUUUUGUUUUUCUUUUGUGAUCACAA